AUGUACAGCGUAUUAGACGACGAGGACCUGAAUUUUCAGGACGAUGACGCUGAGGCUGCAAAUGGCAAUGUGGGACAUCACGAGGAGGACAUCAGUGCGCAGGUGACAGUACUUGACCUCGAGGACAAAGACGACUUGGGGAUGAUGAAGCUUCACCACGCGGUGCAGACCUGCGAUCUGGGCUUGGUUGAGUUCUUAAUCCAGGGCGGUGCAAGUAUAAAUUUUAGGGACGAAAAUGGCCAAACGCCCCUGCAUUACGCUGUGGAGAGGGGUUUUACGGAGUGCAUGGAAGUCUUGGUCAAGCACGGCGCCAAUUUAUAUAUCAAUGACAACUCUGGAUUUUCCCCGUUUCUCUGGGCUGUGGUUGCCGGGCAAGAAGGCGUCACUACGGGACUUUUGCUCAUGAACACUGAUGCCAAUUCAUUCAGCGCGGAUGGAAAGUCUGCACUCGCUUGGGCAGCCAAACUGGGCUGGUCUUCGAUUGCUAAAAUGCUUGUUGAACACCGUGCCAGCAUAUCUGGUACCCGAAAUACGCAGCAGAUUCUGCCUUUGCAAGAGGCGGCAGCUUCUGGUGACCUUUGCACUGUUCGAUUACUCCUUCUAUGUGGUGAGAACCCGAACCAUCGUGAUCGCGAUGGUUGGUCUGCGAUACAUUGGGCAGCAGAGGAGGGCCAUCUGGAGAUUGUGCAUUUGUUGCUGAACGCUGGGGCCAACCCCAAUACUGCCAGCUCCUACGGCACGUCUCCAUUGCACUGCGCUGCAAAUGGAGGGCAUGUCUCCAUUGUGAAAUUGCUUCUCCAGCGAGCUGAUCCACUCAGGUCAACGUGUCACGGUUGGACUGUACUACACCACGCCGCCUUCAUGGGGCACUCUCAUGUCGUCCUGUGCCUCUUAGAAGACGACCGUAUCCGAUCCAUUGCCUUUCAGCAGGACAACCACGGCUGGUCCGUUCUUCAUUUGGCCAUUCACAGUCGAGAUCUAGCCAUCGUCCGUAUCCUGCUCGACAAAUCUGUUAUUCAACAGCCUCAGACCCUGAUCGACGAAAGUGGCCUCACUGCGGAAGAAUGGCUGGAUCGCGAGCCGACAAGCCAUUCCCAUAAAGCCACCGCCAACCUAGCGUUCAGCAAGUCGCGCUGUUGCCGGGCCGUCUCAAGCCUUCGCCAAGCUGUCACCAUAGGCAGCGUCCCUAUGAUCAAACUUCUGUUAAGAUAUGGUCACGACAUUAAUGGCAUAAACUCUGGAAGGAGAACUGCACUCUACUACGCCGUGAAGAAGGGCAUGCUUUCCAUCAUGGAUCUGCUUCUUGACCUGGGUGCGGAUCCCAACAUUCUCCCCUCGGGGUGGAAGAAUUGGGAAGAAUUCAUUUCGCCUGGUGAUGUUUUACUGCGGCUCAACCAAGCAGGAUACCGGAAGCGAGAUACCGACCCUGAGGUGGAGCGCCAGAUUCGUCAGGCACUUAGAGUGCAAAGUCAACCGUCUGCGCCGGAUCAACAAGCCUGGUUCGUAUCGGACAAAUCGACUCUACCAAUACCGGACCAACCUGUUUCCCAUCGGCAAGACCGACCGUCCUCAUAUGUUCCCGCUUCGUCAAUCCCAUCUUCUGCGGAACAUGCAGCUUCAAGUAAACCGACACGCUCGCCAGCGCCUGCACACCAAACAAAUCACAAUAAGCGCAAAGCAAGUUCAGGCCGAACGGAUUGGUGGAAACGGCUCAUAGGUGGAAGAUAG